CUGCUGAAACCCUCUCAUCUCCCAAGAACCGGAGGCAGUGGUACAGAACAGAAGUCUAGCAGGGGAGGCGGGCCAAAGAAACAGACAGGUGGAUCGUGGAAGCCAGAGAGAAGGCAGAGAGAGAGAAAGGAGAGUGAGGAGGAGGACGAUGAGGACGGGAUGAAGAGGAGAGCCAGUGAGUAUCUGCAGGCAGCCCAAGAGGAGGGAGACAAAAGACAGUCGUUCAUGAGAGAUGUAAACUUCUUCACAGACAUAAACCUUGACAUGACCACGCAGACAGAACUCUGAAACCUAUACAUACACCACCCUCAUUCGUUCACCACC